AUGGAGGAGGUGGAAGCUACAGUGCACCAUCAGGUGGAGGAAGUGGAGGCUACAGAGCACCAUCAGGUGGAGCAGGAGGUGGAGGAGGUGCAAGCUACAGUGCGCCAUCAGGUGGGGGAGGUGCAAGCUACAGUGCACCAUCAGGUGGAGGAGGUGGAAGCUACAGUGGAUCAUCAAGUGGAGGAGGUGGAAGCUACAGUGGACCAUCAAGUGGAGGAGGAGGUGGAGGCUACAAUGCACCAUCAGGUGGAGAAGGAGGAGGAGGAGGAGGAGGUUAUAGUGCACCACCAAGUGGAGGAGGUGGAAAAAGAGGUGAAAGCUUCAGAGCACCAUCAGGUGGAGGAGGUGGAAGUUACAAUGCACCAUCAAGUGGAGGAGGUGGAAGCUACAGUGCACCAUCAGGUGGAGGAAGAGGAGGAGGAGGGGUUGGGGUAG